AACCCCCAUGGGUACCCCUCUAGAAUGACUGUGGGUAAACUGAUGGAGCUAAUGGGGAGUAAGGCUGGUGUCCUGGACUGGAAAUUCCACUAUGGAACAGCUUUUGGUGGAGACAAGGUGUGUGAUCUCUCAGAAGAUUUGGUCAGACACGGAUUUAAUUAUCUCGGCAAAGAUUUUGUCACCUCAGGAAUAACAGGGGAACCACUUGAGGCCUACAUUUUCUUUGCUCCCAUAUACUACCAGAAACUGAAGCACAUGGUCCUAGAUAAAAUGCACGCCCGAGCCAAAGGUCCGCGAGCUGUAUUGACUCGACAACCCACAGAGGGCCGAUCUCGAGAUGGUGGCCUGAUACUGGGGGAGAUGGAGCGAGAUUGUCUCAUUGGAUAUGGAGCAAGUAUGCUGUUGUUGGAGAGACUGAUGAUAUCCAGUGAUGCCUUUGAGGUGGAUGUUUGCGGUGAAUGUGGCCUUCUGGGAUACUCGGGCUGGUGCGAGUUCUGUAAAUCUUCACGUCACGUGUCCACUCUCAAAAUGCCGUACGCCUGUAAACUGUUAUUCCAGGAAUUACAGUCAAUGAACAUUGCUCCGAGACUCUCCCUCAAACCUUAUAAUGAAGUAUAAAGACAGACAACUCCUCAAUUUGUUUUCGUAUUAAUUUUGUUGACCCAAAAUAAA